AGUCCGGCGCUGCUCCGGUGAGGCUGAGGCGGCUUCUUCAGCGAAGCGAGAGGCCUGGAAAGCAGACCGAGGCCGGCCUCUCGCUUAAGCCUCUCCGCACCCAUGGAGCUAACCUAUCAGUCGCUCAAAACGACUUAUCAGGCCAAGGAGGCGGAAGAGAUGCGAACAGAAGCCCGUCGAAAGAAUCUACUUAUUCUGAUUUUACACUACUUAACUGAAGAAGGAUAUGUAGACACUGCGAACACGCUGGAACAAGAGACGAAGCUGGGUUUGCGCCGUUUCGAAGUUGCCGCUUAUACAGGCAAAACAGCCCCUCCCAGAACUCCCGGUUACAAUUCCCACGAUAGAAAAGGGCAGGUUUUUUCAAACGUAUAUGAUAAGAGCAAACAGCAAGCAGAUAAUAAAGGAAGCAGAGGGGCCAAAAUAAAACGGGCAGCCAGCAGCACGUACCGCAACCUUCCGAAGAUCAAUCAGCCUCAGACCGCUCAGAGGCCAAUGUCGAAAACUUCGUCAAACCGGAUAGCUGAAAGCAAGCUGUCUAGCAAGGAAAGCCCGAGACAGGAGAAUGACGGCGUUUUAGGUCCGGUGCCGUCUGACUUUGGUUUAAAUGUGUCCGCAAUCCACAAAGGAGGUGGCGGUGAAGGCCCUCAUCCGAGAAGGGGCCAAAUAAUUGAUUUCCGUGGGAUGAUCCAAAGGACUAUCAAUAUAUCGCGGAAAUUGCGUUCCAGGGAACGAUUACUAAAACCUCUCGGAGCCUUUAUUGGGAUGACCGGUGAGAUGAGAGAACUGGCCACAGUUGUGAGCCGGGAUAUUUACCUUCAUAACCCGAACGUGAAGUGGAAGGACAUUAUCGGACUCGACGUGGCCAAGCAGCUGGUGAAGGAAGCUGUCGUGUAUCCCAUCAGGUAUCCACAGCUGUUUACCGGCAUCCUCUCUCCAUGGAAAGGACUGCUCCUGUAUGGGCCUCCAGGUACCGGGAAAACGCUGCUCGCCAAGGCGGUCGCCACCGAGUGCAACACAACCUUCUUCAACAUCUCUGCCUCUACCAUCGUCAGCAAAUGGAGAGGCGACUCGGAAAAGCUUGUCAGGGUGCUCUUUGAACUGGCCCGCUACCACGCUCCCUCCACGAUCUUCCUGGACGAGCUGGAGUCAGUCAUGAGUCAACGAGGCAGCUCUCCUGGCGGCGAACACGAAGGGAGCCUGCGGAUGAAGACAGAACUGUUGGUGCAGAUGGACGGCCUGGCCCGAUCGGACGAUCUUGUCUUUGUUCUGGCGGCUUCCAACCUGCCCUGGGAUCUGGACUGUGCGAUGCUGCGGCGGCUGGAGAAGAGGAUCCUGGUGGACCUCCCAAGUAAAGAGGCCCGGGAGGCGAUGGUGCAGCACUGGCUUCCUGCCGUCAGCAACAGCGGAGGAGUGGAGCUCCGUACGAACUUGGACUACGCCUCGCUCAGUCAGGAAAUGGAAGGCUACUCUGGCUCUGACGUUAAGCUGGUCUGCAAAGAAGCGGCCAUGCGCCCUGUCAGGAAAAUCUUCAGCGCGCUGGAAAACCACCAUCCAGGUAUGGCGAUGCUCGGUGCUUAUGGAGAGAAGGGCUCUGCCCAGGUAGGGAGAACUUCAGGCUGGGUUUGGUAACCGCUCGUGCUGGAAACAUUCUGUUCUCAUAGAAUCAUAUGAGUUGGAAGAUACUUGAAGGGAUGCCUUGUUGGUGAGGGAGCAAGCUUGUUUUCUGCGGCUCCAGAGACUAGGACCAGGAGUCAUGGGUUCAAGGUGAAGGAAAAGAGAUUCCACCUAAAUAUCAGGAAAAACUUCCUGACUGUCAGGGCUUUCAG